ACAAAGUCGAUCAUCCGCCCGUCAGUUCAAUUAAAAUCGAUCAUCUUCACGUGGGGAACAAAUGGCCGAGCACGAGGACGUGCCCCCGACUUGACACUUCUCUGUGCGAUAUCAACUCUCUGAGAACAUCGUAUUAGAUGAUACGAGUACGCAAGAUUGUGAUUCGUCCAAGACCAUGACCGACACCAAAGAUUAUGCGAAUCAACACCAUCACCAACAUCAACCUCCGCCCCAAUCAAGUCCUUCGUUACUGGGCCGCCAUCCGACUCGUGCGAGUGACGCAUCUUGGUCAUCUUCCAUCGACAUGGACGGGAUGACGAGUGGUUCGGCGGCGGCGGGGGCGACCGCAGCACACGGUCGCAAACGCUCCGCCGACCACCUCCCCCCGGAACCACACGUCUCGCGCAAAGGUCGAGCUUGUCUGGCGUGCCGCAAGCUCAAGGUCAAGUGUGACAGCCUCGAGCGAGGCGACGCGGGGUGUUCACGGUGCCACCGUCUCGGGAUCGACUGUAUCACUUCCAAACGCAUGCGUUACAGUCUCGAGGACGAAGAUGGACGUCUCCAUCCUCACAUUGUCCGUCUGGACAGGGCGGUCGAGGAUAUCCUCUCUCACCUCAAGAUGCCAUCUCUCCACUCGUACUCGCCCAUUCUCGAAAACUCUCAACCACAACAACAACAAUCUCAAGUUCAGUCAGGUUCCUCGGAUUCACAAUCUCAACAGCAGCCCUCAAUCCAACCGAAUCAACAACGACAACAUCAUUAUCUGGCACCGCCACAACCACCCGAACCACCAUCACAUUCACAAACCACCCGCGAAAACUCCAGGGAACCACCCGGCGCCGUCGACCCGGAGAACCCGUCCUCGGAGAUGGCCCCGGCUCCCAUGGGAUCCCUGUACGAGGUCACCCAACUCACGUCGCUGAGGAGCCGGCUGAAGUACGGGGCACCCGCCCGCCGCAACUCCAAGAAGAACAUGGAAAACGACAUGAUCUCGUUGGGCCUUCUCGGCGUCGAAGAGGCCGAGGACAUGCUCUCCUUGUUCAAGACCACCCUGUCCCGGUACCUCUUCGACGCCCCCAUCCACGAGUCCCGUUCGUUGUUGUCGGUCCGGGAGUCUUCCACCUUGUUCUUCACCGCCAUCGUCACCGUCACCAGCCUCCACAUCCCCGGCCGGGAGAAGACUUACGCCCUGGCCCACAAGCACCUCCGGGACCUGAUCGCCACCAGCUUCUUCGACCGUUUCCACACCCUCGAGGACAUUCGGGCCUUGUGUAUUGCCGCGUUUUGGUUGCCGGACCUGUCGUGGAAGUUGUCGGGUCACUGCGUCCGUAUGGCGACGGAACUCAACCUACACCAGGCCUUUUACAAAGCUUUUUAUUCUUCUUCUUCUACCACUACCACCACAACCACCACGUCGACGCGCCACCCGAAACUAGGUUUCGGUGAUGGUAACAACGCCACCACCACCACCACCACCACCAAAUCAUCAUCAGAACCCCUCGAGCCCGACCGUCCUGCUCAACUGGAACGUGCGAGACUAUGGUACUUACUAUACGUCCUGGAUCACCAUUUUAGUAUAGCUUACGGCCGCCCUCCCGUGACCGCCGAAUUGCAGGCCAUCAAGGAAUACCACGUCUUUCUCAACGCCCCCGAGUGUACCCCGAGUGACCGCCGGGUCUUGUCGCAGGUCACCCUCUUCAUCAUCCUCAGCCAGGCCUAUGGACACUUCGGCCUCGAGGCCGAGAGGUUGAUGGACGGGGACGAAGUGUCGUUGCGCACCCACGCGCGUUUCAUCGAGGACCUGGAUACCUGGAGGUACCAGUUUCGCCACGCCCUCAACAGAGAUGCCCAUAUCGGGGACUAUCCCGCCGUCGGCGUCGAUUUACAUUACUAUUUCGCGUCCAUGAUGCUCAAUUCCCUCGCUCUACGGGGGCGGUCGUUGUUCAACAUCUCCUCGACAUCAACUCUCCCAACAAGUCUUCGACCACUUGCCUCUCAGGCCAUCAAUUCGGCCCAUCAGAUCUUGAUCAUAGUCCUCGACGAACCUUCGAUACGAGACUCCAUGGUCGGUGUGCCUUUGUAUCUGCAUACCGUUAUCGCUUUCGCUGUGGUCUUUUUGAUCAAGAUGUCUUCUCGCUGGGCGGGCAUUGGCGUCACGAUCGACCCCGAGCAGAAAACGAAACCGCUGAUCGAAGCUGUAAUCGACUUGUUUAGAAGUUGUAGAGCCGGCAAGGAUCACAUCUUAUAUGCGAUGGCUGAUGGGUUCGAAAGAUUGCUCAAGAGUAACAUGGGACAGGCGGGGCCUGGGAAGGCCGAGAAUGGUAAUGUUCAUGCUCAAGCCCCUACGACCGCACGAGCCAACGGUCAACAAGCGGGCAGAUUCGCACAUCCCACACAUUCCAUGCCGCAACAGCCUCAUUCAGAAUUGUAUGGCUCUGGGACACCCACUAUUCUCGCAGCGCAGCACAAUACACUGUCCCCAACAGCAUACACUCCUCAAUCCCAAUCCCACCCAAAUGCCGGGGGUAGUUAUGAUACAUAUUUAUCGCCACAUAGCCAGCCUACAUCGACUGGGACAUUUGCAGGAUGGCAGACCGAAGAUGAUAUGCUCUGGAGUAUGGGUAUGGGCUAUGAUCUGCUGGCGACGGCGCCUGAUGUGAAUGCUCAGGGAUUUCCAGGCUGGCCUGGAAGUGGGUCUGGUGAUAUGACAGGUGUCGGCUAUGGGGUUUGAGAGAGUGGUGGUCGGUAAGAAAGAGUCCCUUGGGCGUUUCGCAGUUUCGUAGUCGAAAAUGGCUCCUCCUGCUGUCCUUCGUCUCCAGUAUGAUACCCAGAAAUUUUGGAAAUUUUGCUUGAUCUUGUCAUAGACGUGCCACAGGCGGUAAUGAAAUAAUG